AUGUAUAAAGUCUUUUCCAGAGUGAAGACUCCACAGUGGGCCAGGAGGAGAUCCGGACAUGCAGGGGGCUCUGUGCUUCAGCUCCACCGACCGACUGAUAGGUUAUGUCAGGAGGCAGCGAUGAAGGAGCUGCGAGUCCAGAUGCCCUCGUGUAACGUCACACCUGAGACGUACCAGGGUAUGAGUAAGGAGCGGAUGCUGGAGAUCAGGAAGAUGAACUGUAAUGGCAUGACAAUGAAGGUGACGUACUACAAGAAGCCACUUUUUAUCCAUCAGGGUUUCAUGCAGUGGCUGUGGGACGUGGACGGCUCGCGCUAUCUCGACAUGUUUGCGGGGAUCGCCACCAUCAGCCUGGGACACUGCCAUCCGAACGUGACGAAAGCUGCCCAUGAGCAGCUGCAGCAUCUUUGGCACACCUCAGCUAUUUAUGUUUAUCCUCAGAUCCAAGAAUACACAGAGAAACUCGUCUCACAUCUGCCUGAACCUCUGAAAGUAGUGUAUCUGAUAAACAGUGGCUCGGAGGCCAAUGAUCUGGCCCUGCUGAUGGCGAGAUUACACACAGGGAACUUUGAUGCUAUCACUCUGAGAGGUUCCUAUCAUGGCGGAAGUCCACUAGCAAUGGGUCUGACCUCUAACACGGUGUAUAAAUACCCGGUGGCCUCCAGUCUGGGCUGCUAUAAUACCAUGUGUCCUGAUGUGUUCAGGGGGCCGUGGGGUGGGAAACACUGCAGAGAUUCACCUGUUCAGACGAUCAGAGAGUGCAGCUGCUCUCCUGAUCAGUGUCGGGCCAACGACAGGUACAUCGAGCAGCUGAAGGAGGUUUUCAGUACGAGCGUACCCGAUCGCAUCGCCGCGUUCUUCGCAGAACCCAUUCAGGGAUUAGGGGGAAUAGUCCAGUAUCCGAAGAACUUCCUGAAAGAUGCCUACAAGCUCGUGAGAGAGAAAGGUGGAGUUUGCAUCGCUGAUGAGGUUCAGACCGGUUUCGGACGCACAGGAAGUCACUUGUGGGGUUUUCAGGCGCAUGAUGUUGUUCCAGACAUCGUGACAUUGGCUAAAGGAAUCGCUAACGGGUUUCCCAUGGGUGCUGUGGUCACGAGCGAGGAAAUCGCUCGACCCUUCGCUAACGGUCUCCACUUCAACACGUUUGGUGGAAACCCUCUCGCCUGCAGCAUCGCCUCGGCUGUGCUGGACACGAUUAAAGAGGAACAGAUCCAGGAGAACUGUGCCGCAGUGGGAACACACCUGCUGAAGGAACUCUCCAAACUGCGAGAGAAAUACGAGAUCGUCGGAGACGUGCGAGGGAAAGGACUGCACAUCGGCGUGGAGAUGGUUAAAGACAAAGCGAGUCGAGAUCCUCUUCCUGUCGAGGCCAUGAUUGAGAUUAUGGAGGACACGAAGGACAUGGGCGUGCUGAUCGGCAGAGGCGGGAUUUACGGGCAGACGUUCCGGAUCCAGCCGCCGAUGUGUGUCAGUAAAGACGAUGCUGAUUUCUUCCUCGCCGUGUUCGAUCAGGCCCUGCACAACUACACGGAGAGGAGAUGAGACGCAAACAGCACCGAGCCUGACACACUGGUUCUGUUCCAAAUCAGCCUUUAAUUCACUAAUCAGCACUCAGUUAGUCUGGGUUUCAAAUCCAACAGGAUCUCACAGACCGGUUCUGUUCCAGAUCGCCCCUCAUCUGCUCUUCUCUUCCCCCUACAGAGGACGGAUCAGCACUGGAUCUUACAGCUCGGCCUGGAUCCGUUCCAAACCAGCCCUCAACUCACACUUUCUCAAAAGGAGGAUGCUGCACCACUAGAACUUUCUAGGGCUCCUUCAAAUCCACUACUGACCACUUUCCCUGUCCACUAGAGCACUGUAGCGUCAAGUCUUCCAGCUUGGCCUCGUCCCAAAUCACUAUGCCAUACAGACAUAUAGUAUAGGAGCUCAUCUGUUUGUCUCUCUCUCUCUCUCUCUUUAAAUAUUUUUUCAUUCUAACACUGUAUAUUUUGGGUUUUGUUUCUGUAUUUGCCUGAAGGUUGU